GGCUGGUGGGUCCUGCUGACCCUGCAAGUGUCAAGGGUGAGGCCUGGGCGUGGCGUCAGUGGUCCUGCUGCCCCCCCCCCGGAGCUCAAAAGGGGGAAAAAGGCUGGGGGUCAGUUGUCCUGCUGCUCCCCCGGAGCUCAAAAGGGGGAACAAGGCUGGGGGUGGGGUUAGUGGUCCUACACCCCCCUCAUAAGGCUCACAGAACGAGAUGCAGAGCGUGGUAGAGGGCUUAAUGGUUUGUUGAGGAGGUGUAUGCAAUCUGGUGGGGGGUGCUGCAGCACUCCUGCCCCAGGGUUCAGGAGCUGCCUGUGCUGCAGGGAGAAGCAAGGUCCUUUCCAUCAGGGUACGGGGUCCCAUGGCACCCAUCAAGGGUGCUCUUUGGGGUCCCAGGGCUUGCGAGGUGAUGGCCUGGCUCCUGGGUCCUGCACCUGGGGCAGUGGUGUGGCGUCCUCAGUGCUGGUGGAGAGUACAGCUUGGCAAGGGGUUUCUUAAAAGGUCUUCCACCCAGCGCUCUUGUUUUGUAGGUAGUGAGAAACAAGGACGGUGGCACCGUGCUUGAUGGUGGCGAUGUGCUCGCUUCUUGCUUUGUUCUGCCGUGAUCAAAGCUAAGCAGAUGGAUUUAUUCUAGUAAUUUUCAGUUGUAUUGAGCUACCUGAGCAGCCUGGUGCCUGAGCAUGUGGUUUGCCUAUCACUAACAUCACAAUUUGGGCUGGGAGGUUUGCUUUGUGCAAAGCAGAAUAUAGGCUUGAAUGAAGCUAUUGUGUUUCUGCAGAGCCAGUGUAAGAAUAAGCAGAGUUUCUAGCUUACUAUUGAUGGCAGAGAACCAUACGCAUGUAGAAGCAGGGCAGAUGAAAAGUUAUGUGUGUUAUUUAAUAACUUCAUUUUUAUAGUUAUUCCUGUAGGUACAGCAGAAAACACAUAAAUGUGGAAAGCAAGAGAACUUUGGAAGAUCAGUUACUGUGAGCUGCUAGUUUGGACAGACCUUUUGACAGGAUGUUGGGAUUUCUCAAGAAGCCGAUUGUGGUUACUGCAGAGAUAAAUAUGAACCUCAUAGCAUUGACUGUGAUGGGAUUACUAAGCCGUCUUUGGGGGCUUUCCUAUCCAAGGGCUGUAGUUUUUGAUGAAGUUUAUUAUGGCCAGUUCGUUUCACUCUACAUGAAGAGGAUCUUCUUUGUGGAUGACAGCGGCCCGCCUUUUGGCCAUAUGCUGCUAGCUUUGGGAGGUUACUUAGGAGGAUUUGAUGGAAAUUUUUUAUGGAACAGGAUUGGAGCUGAAUACAGCAUGAAUGUUCCUGUUUGGUCCUUGCGACUCCUGCCAGCACUGGCUGGUGCUCUCUGUGUGCCUUUAGCAUACCAGAUUUUGGUAGAACUGCAGUUCUCCCACUGUGCUGCACUUGGAGCUGCUCUUCUGAUUCUCUUGGAGAACUCUUUGAUCACUCAGUCAAGGUUCAUGCUGCUGGAAUCAAUAUUGAUUUUUUUUAUCCUACUGGCAGUUUUGUCCUACCUGAAGUUCUACAAUUUGCAAAGGCACAGUUUCUUCUCUGGAAGCUGGUGGUUUUGGCUUCUGUUGACUGGAGUAGCUUGUUCUUGUGCAGUUGGAGUGAAAUAUAUGGGCCUGUUUACCUAUAUACUGCUCUUGGCCAUUGCAGGACUCCACUUCUGGCACAUGAUAGGAGACCAGAACUUGUCAAAUGUUUCCUUGAUGUGGCAUUUUCUAGCUAGGGGACUGGCCCUCAUCGUCAUCCCAGUGUCAAUGUACCUGUCCUUCUUCUAUGUUCACUUGACUUUGCUGUAUCGCUCUGGGCCUCAUGACCAGAUUAUGACAAGUGCUUUCCAAGCCAGCUUAGAGGGUGGGCUGGCUCGAAUCACUCAGGGUCAGCCCUUAGAGGUGGCCUACGGCUCUCAGAUUACUCUGCGGAACGUGUUGGGCAAGCCCAUGCAGUGUUGGCUCCAUUCUCACACGAAUACUUACCCCAUCAGGUACGAGAAUGGCCGAGGUAGUUCCCAUCAACAGCAGGUGACCUGCUACCCCUUCAAGGAUGUGAACAACUGGUGGAUUGUCAAAGAUCCUGGAAUGCAGCAGCUGGUGGUGAGUAACCCACCCCGUCCCGUCAGGCACGGAGACAUCGUGCAGCUGGUCCAUGGCAUUACAACUCGGUACCUCAACACGCAUGAUGUUGCUGCCCCUCUUAGCCCCCACUCCCAAGAAGUUUCCUGCUAUAUUGAUUAUAACAUCUCCAUGCCAGCCCAAAACCUCUGGAGAGUGGAAAUUGUAAAUCGAGAGUCUGACACAGACGUGUGGAAGACAAUUCUGUCCGAAGUGAGGUUUGUUCACGUGAAUACCUCUGCAGUACUAAAGCUCAGUGGAGCAUCUUUACCUGAGUGGGGAUACCGGCAGCUGGAGGUGGUUGGAGAGAAGCUGUCCAAAGGCUACCACCAGAGCAUGGUGUGGAAUGUGGAGGAGCACAGAUAUGGGAAAAGCCAAGAGCAAAAAGAGAGGGAAGUGGAACUCCACUCUCCCACGCAGAUGGACAUAAGUAAAAACCUAAGCUUCAUGGCAAAGUUCACGGAACUGCAGUGGAAAAUACUCACGUUAAAAAAUGAAGACACAGAACAUAAGUACAGCUCCUCUGCUCUCGACUGGAUCACAAUGGACACGAAUAUUGCCUACUGGCUCCACCCGACCUCUGGUGCCCAGAUCCACCUCCUUGGGAAUGUUGUCACCUGGGCUUCAGCCAACAUUGCUGCUGUGGUCUACAUGUGCCUGUCCCUGUGGUACUUGAUACGACGAAGGAGAAAGGUUUACGACAUUCCCGAAGGUGCGUGGCAGCUCUGGGUGUCCGCCGGGGGGAUCUGUGUUGGAGGCUGGGCUGUGAAUUACCUGCCCUUCUUCCUGAUGGAGAAAACACUUUUCCUGUACCACUACCUGCCUGCCCUCACAUUCCAGAUUCUCCUGAUUCCCAUCGUAUUACAGCACCUUGGCGAUCAUCUCUGCAGAUCUUUGCUUCUCAAGAGCAUGUUCAGUGCAUCGAUCGUAGCCUGGUUCUCUUCGGUUUAUUUUGUCUAUUGCACGUUCAGCCCUGUGACCUACGGGGAGCCCUCGCUGUCCGUUACUGAACUCAAGGACUUGCGCUGGAAGGACAGCUGGAACAUCCUUAUCCGAAAACACUAACAAUUACCGUCUUCUUACAGGCAAAAGGAAACGCCUUUUAUGCAAAGCCAAGAAUUUAUUGUUAGUAUAAGUGAAAUCCUAACAAUCUGAUCAAAUAAUUGAUAGCAGGCCGGAUCUAAUUAUUACAGGAAAAGAAAAUAAACAAAUACUGUUACAUAAAAGCUCUCAACAGUAAUAUAGCUGUUUGGAACACAAUUCCGAGUUUCUACCCCUCCUACAUUCGCCCUUCCACUGCCCCUUGGGGUCCGAUGGUUGCUGACUUCAGCCACCAGCAUCCCAGGUCCUUUGCUGGGAAGAGCACGUGGCAAGGGUUCCUUCUUCCUCUUUCCUGGGGGUACAAUCUUGAUGGUUUCUUCCUUCUUGCACCACAUUGCACUUAGGGCUGGUUUAUAUGUUUUCUAGCACCUUGGUUUGCAGUUCAGCAUUAACAAGUUACUAUAAAUGGAAACUCUCCAACAUAUCAGAUACUUCUUUGUUACUCCUAAAAACUGGGCUUUCCCAGCUGGCUACAAAGCUUACAGAUCUUUUAACUAACAGUAACUGGCUCUGUAGUCUUCGGCAUCAUCCCAUGGCUGUAUCUCGCCACUGCCAAUGCUCUGCUAUCAUCUCUGUUUCAUUACAGCAUUAAGCUAAGUUUAUAAAUAGUUCAUUCCACAUAGAAUAAAUGACUUGUUACGAUUAUCUAUGUAUAA